AAAAGCUCUUCAAGAGAAGGAUGAGCCAACAACUUAUUGAUGAGCCAAGCCUCUAAAAGCUAUGUGCAUAAUGAUAAACUUACUAGGGUGAAUUGCAAAGCCUUUUAUAUGUAUAGGAUACAAUUCAAGUUGGAAAUAUUCUUAAAUUAAAGCUUGGUUUAUUUUACAUUGCAGGAAGCUUGUAUUUAGGAAAUGAGGAGAUAUUUGUUCAACUUUAGGAUGUUAAGAUGCUAAAAAACUCUACAUUUUGGGGCCAAAAAUUAUUCUUCUGCUUGGUUUUUAGACCUAUGUGGUACACAUUAGCCCACUAAGGUAAAUUGUAUAACUUAUGUUUUGAAGCAUGGAAAAUAAGUUAAUAUUAAAAGCUAUUCAGUAUUUUAAAUUUUAUGUACAUUUUUUUAGCAGAAUUCCUAAAGUUAUGCUUUGCUUAUGACAGUGUAUAAAAGCAAUUCCCCUAAAAAUAGGAAGAUUGUUCCAAAAGAUUUUACUGAAUUGUGGCUGUCAUAAUUUGAGAUUUGUCACAUAAAAAAUCUACCAUUAUUAUAUUGUUUAUAAAGGGACUUACCUUUUCCAAUGUUUGAAAACUAAUUAAAAAGUACAAUGAGCAGCCCAAAUUUCUUUUCCAGAAGUAUGGGCUCAACAGUAUAAACAGUGACAAGGAUUUAAAAAAACCAAUGGCUAUUCAGAACACUAUUACUCAAACCAAGCACAAUACCUGUGCUCUAUUUUCUAUUCUUAUAUUCUGUCCUAGGUAAUAUAAAGGGAUUUGCUACUUGGCCUUUUGGUUUUUCCACACAACAAAGCAAACUUACCAGAAACUUAAUUAACCAUGGAAGAUCAGAAAUACAAAACAACAAGACAGAAGCCAGAAUAUGUGUACUUGAAUCAAUUAAAUGCAGCAAGCAAGGCUUAUAUAGUAAGGGUGGUUGUUGCUGAAAAAGGAAGGGACAUACUAUCUUCCAAAAAAACGGUCAGAUUCCAGACUUUACUUCUAAAGGAUGAAAAGGGUAAUAGAAUGCGCGGUACUUUAUUUGGCGAUCAAAUUGAAGCCUUUGAUGAGGCAUUACAGUACCUCGGAGAGUAUGACAUUUCUGCUGCGCCAAUUAAAUUCAUUGACGAAAAAUGGAGGACUGAACUUGAUCAGUUUCCUUACCAAAUGACUUUUGGUAGUAGAACUGUAAUUCAGCCAGUACAUCCAGAGCUUGGACCAAUUCUGCCCAACUAUCGACCAAUAGCAAGUAUACCUCGUGCGGUAGAUCCUGAUGAGAAAUACGAUGUCGUAGGUGUAGUGUUAUUUGUAGAAGAGGAGCCGAGGAAAGUUGAAGCCAGAGAUGGAAAGAGAGAAAGCUGGGUGCGAGAAAUAGUCAUCACUGAUCAAAGCUGCGAUCGAUCGCUCACCAUCUCAAUGUGGAAUGACCUUACGGCAGGAAAUUACUUCGACAAAUUACCUACUUGGGCAGAAGCGUUCAAGGUUAUAGGAUUCACGGCUCUUAAACCAUACACUCGUCGUGGUUUUUCGAUGAAUUCUGCUAUGUCCACUCGAAUAAUAUAUGAACCUGAGGGAGAAGAAGCUCGUGUGGUGUCUGAUUGGGCUAAUCUCUUCCACCAGAGGUUAGUAGAUAGACAAGCAAGAGUCUUAGAUGUAAGGUACCCAAGUGAAAACAAAAAAAUUGUUUCCAUUGCUGAACUAAAGCAGAAAAAGCCAAGUAACACCUUGCAAGAAGAAACUUUAUGGAUUGAAGUGACUAUUCAGGAUGCUGAAUUAGAAAAAGUGAAUGCAUAUACGAGCUGCUCAAACUGCUGCAAGCGCACCAACCUUCCAAUGCAGAAGCGCUAUUCUUGCUCUUCUUGUUUGAACAAAGAAUGCAUCUGCACUGAGAGGAUGAUCACAACGCAUUCAAGACCAUUCAAGACUUACUCAGCAGCACACCGUUCUAUAUUAAAGUUGGACCUACUUGGCACUUGGGUCAGAACAAUGUUCUGGAGUUAUCCUCACACCCAAGAAGCUGAGCAACUAUCUGCUGGUUACUUCAGCCAAGAAAAAGAUGCAAGUGAAAAGGUUCCAGAGAACACUAUUGAGUCAGGUAAUUCUGAACCGUUCAUUCCUACCCCAAACUUGAAGAAAAAUUCUGACAAGCAUACACAAGAAGAGCCUUACACUGAAACACUUGACACCCCUCAGCAAAGUAUUAAAUCACUUAAGCGCAAGAAAUCCUUAGGAAAAAGUCCUAUGGAAUUUGAAAGUGAAGAAAGCGAAUCCCAAGUGCCACUAUCACAAGUCGGGGCGAAAAAGAAACUUUGCUUUGGUGGAAUGACUACAAAGAAGGACACUGCAGGUCAAAAUCCUACAAUACCUUUGGCAAAGGAUCGUGUUGAAGAUGUAGCUGAGCCUCUGGGAUCUGAGCACAGGCAAACCACACCAAUUAUUGUGAAGACUGAAAAGGUUAACAAGCCAUCUGUUGAAUCUGCCACCAAGGAAAAGUAGUCCCUGAACUACUAAGAAACUAUAUAUGCUGCUAAUGAAGUAUUGAAGAUUAUCUACUUAAGGUGCACUACUUGAAAAUCUUUUGCAUAUUAAAUCUUUUGCUAGACUUUAAGUAUAUGGGCAACUAUAAGAACUUCGCUUUCGCUGGGACAGUAGAUCAGCAUAUUAUGAUAAGGACAAUAGAUAGUUGCCGAAAUUUUUUAUAAAAGCUCCAGCAUCGUGUAGUACUAAACUUCAGUUUAUCUCCAGAAUUUCAUGUAUAUAGGAAUUAGAUGCUGUGGAGAGAAAUAUUUUGAGGAGUUUUCCAGGAACAAUAGCAAUAGUUAAUGUUCCUGGAAAACACCAUACUAGGACUAUAUUCUAAUGUACUGCUAAAUUAAUGUGCAUGUUAAAAUAUAUCUAUAAAAAAUAUAUUAGUUUAUGUA